AUGGGUGAUUCUAAUUUAAAUGAUUUACGAAAACAAUGUCUUAGUAGUUUAUAUUCGUGCACGGAAAACAUAUCGAAAUAUUUAGAUGUUGAAAGAAGUAGUGAAUAUGAAAAAAUGAAGUUACACGUGAAAGAAUAUUGUUUGAUGGAAGCACGAGAAGAUGUAGCGGCACAAGCAUUAGAAAAAGCCAAGGGAGAAAUUGAUGCUUCAAACGUGGACAGCCUAGAUACAAAGUUUGAAUCUAACUUACGUAUUAUGGCAAAAAACAGUUUAACUGUUGAUAGACAUCCAUACAUGUUGGAAUUUAAGAAACACGUUGAAAAAGCAAUGCAAAGUGCUAAAAGUAACAUAGAUGAUUCAGACAUAGCAAUAACAGAAUCUCAAACAAUAUAUAAUGACCCUUUUACAAAAAAAUCAAUAGAAGAUCCAGUAAGAAACUCAAUGUGUGGACAUAUAUAUGAAAAAGAAGUAAUAAUGAAAAUCAUACAAAAGAAUAAGAAGGGAAUCAAAUGCCCAGUUGCCGGUUGUGGUAACCGGAACUUGAUAAAGGCAAAACACUUGAUAUCCGAUGAGGAACUUAAAUUUAGAAUGACGCUUACUCAUCAUUCCACAAUGGUACAGGAACGCUCAAUUAUGGAAUUAAAUGAUUAA